AUGACGAUUGAGGUGGCAUCUGGAAGUUUCCUAUUUCGGGGAUUUAUGUAUGCAACCGAGUACAGGAUGUGCGUCAAGUCUUCGUGGGGUACUGAUGGUAAUGACAGCAGGAGCAGUGUUGUCAUCAUGCCGAGGUGGGAUAAAACCCGCGACUAUUACGCGGAUUUGGAGUUACCCUCCACCGCGUCUGUUGAAGAUGCUAAAAAGCAGUUCAGAAAGCUAGCUUUAAGAUGGCAUCCCGACCGCAACCCCGGAAGAGAGUCCGAGGUUAACUCGAAGUUCCAAACCAUACAGUCUGCUCACGAAAUUCUAAGCGAUCCGACUCAAAAACGAGAAUACGAUGAGGCUCGUAAAGCCUAUAACUCCCGCUACCCCAAAGCGUCCGGUGUUCGAGGAAACCCGUGGCAAGAUAUUGGCAAGCAAUAUCAGCCUCCCCCCACGCGAAAUACCACACAAAAAUCCUCGAGCAAAACCCACUCUGGCGCGCAUCGUUACGAAUCGUUUACGAAUAACAUGCCCCGCACACCUAAACCGAACCCGAGAGAUGAUCCUCAGGCACGAAGAGCAUACGCGGAUGCUUGGGAAAAUAUGAGAUCGAAUUCGAGUCGACGAGGUGGACCCUCGACGCCCGGCCGAGCACCGACAUCAGCUGCACGGGAUACCAAAGCAUCGGAUUCGGAAUCUGCAGCUCCACGAUCGGCUUACCAACAACAGAAAGCUCAAGCUGCAUUUGGUGCUAGAAGAAAUGGCUUCACUCCUCGUUCUCCAGGGAUGGCCGACGAACCCCCCGUCACGGGGAAGAACUAUUUUACGACUCGAUCACAUUCAAAUAUAUUCAGUGAUGCGGAGGACAACAAAAGGCCAUCUAAUGAGAGUGCUUCUACUUCUAUUCCAGUAGACCCCCUCUCUCAAUUCAGGGAGAAAGUUUGGGAUAAACGCCAAAGCACACCUUACCACACACCUGGUGGUGAGAAAACAAGUCUGUUUAAUGAUGGUCCAGGUAUCGGCCGUAGCGCAAGUACACGAUCGCCCCUCCGACCCGAAAUGCCCGGAACCUUCCCACAAACACGACCGCGAAGCUCUACCUCGAAGAGCUCCGAUAACGACGGAGGGUCCGAAGAUUCUACCAACUAUGGUAGAGGUGCUGGUGGGGCAAGUACUCGCCAGACUACGAACGGUGCGAACACAUCCCACCCUCGACCUAGCGACCGAUACAAACCAAGCGCCGAACCGAAGACUGUUCCACAACCUCGACCCGAGACCAACAGGAACACACCGACUACGUCCACAAACGCUAGCAAAUCAGGUGGAAAUCCGGCCCAGACGACGAACGGCCCUUCAGUGUAUGGUACACCCUCUACCCACAAACCCUCCAACAUACCUACACAAAAGCAACACCAUAAUACUAGUGCAAAUGGCUUUAAAGAUACCAAAGCUGGUCAACCCGAUUGCAAGAAUCCACCCGUCUUCCAAUCAAACGGUCAAACUGAUUCCCAGUCCCACACAACCACUCAAAAGCCUUCGAGUGAAGACGUCCAACGUGAGGGCCCUCGCCUCUUUCCCCUUGAAGAGCAGCAGAUGGAUGAGAUAUUUCAGCUCCUUGGUAUUUAUCCGGAGCGCCGUCAAAAGAACAAUACCGAUUCCUCUAAGACAAGAGGUCACCACCAUGCAACUCCCACUUCAACAAAGAAAUUCGAAACGGGUACUAAUUAUAGUUGGUGUAAUAGCUUCAGUUUCUCGGCCGGAAACGAUACACCCAGUCGAAACGCUAGCGCAGAGGGACUCGCAAGGAACAGUACGGAUAGUAUUAACACUAGGUUUGUUGAAGACGAAGCUCCUGAGCAAUGGACAUUCUGCGCAGGUCCUGGUUGGACGAAGGAGCCUCAAACUCCCACAAAGGGACGUCCACAAUCUCGUAGCCGAAGCCGUCGACAGGUCCCGAAACCUAGACCGACGGAAACAGAUCACAUGCCGUCAAUGCAGGAGGAUACGGGAAAUGCUUCUGGGCAAGGAUUCUUUGCUGGUGUCUGGAACGAUAAGAUCGGAUCUCAACACUUCGAACCGCAACCCUCACGAAGCACCUCCAACUCCCCGACCCGUCGUACGAACCCUAAGAAGGCCAAGCCUGUUAAGAUGACGGCGGGCACAGCUGGCUUGGUGGACGAAGAAAGUGAGGGAUUUUCAGAGGUGCCUCCUGCUCCCUCCGGCUGGGCUCAGCCAAGCGUAGACGACGACACAACAGCCAUGGACAUUGAUUCGCCUCCGCAGGAGAAAGUUGACGAAACUCCCAAGGCGUCUCAGACGAACGGUGCUCGUGGAGUCCCAGUCGAGCCUCACCGAGCAGAAUGGAGAGCGGGAGAUGUGAAUGGCGUGCGCACAAAGUCCGCCAGUCCGAUGCGGGAAGAGAAUCCUACCAAGGGACAAGCCGCUCCACAGUCAUCGUCUGUCCCGAAGCCGAAUUCCUUCCCGACCCAACAUGGUGGAUCGGAAGAUACUGACGAUCUGCGCACUAGCUUUUUGGAUUUCAAAGGAGUAGAGCCAUUUUUAAAUCCGACUCCAACGGGCCUCAAAGACUUCAACGAUUUGAAGUCGACAUUACCUUUUGAAAGCAAGCCAUCGGAGCAAAUCCCGUUGGAAAGGGAACAAGCUCCUAAGUUCACCCCCCUUCAGUUCCCUUCUCCACCGGUUGCCCCGCGUCUCCCCCCCACUGUGGUUGCGGCUGGAGUUCGACCGAAUCAAAUCCAGUUCCGCAAAUAUGCUCAGGACUUCUACCAGUACAUGGAUAAAUGGGAAACUUUCAACAACAGAAUCCUAGAGCAUUUUGCCAAUCGACAGGAGAAUUUUAAGGCUCGCCGUCAGCAACGAGGAGCAGCAUGGCUUGACACAUCUGUAGGAGGUGACGAUCCUGUCCUGGACUAUCUUAGAGAGUUGGAGCAAGACCAGAUUGUCCAAAAGCAGUGGGCCAGUGCCUACGCAGAACACCAGGCGAAGAUUGGCGAAUUUGUCAAGUUCAAAGAUCAAGUCAAAUAG